CCCACCCGCUCCCCGAGGCAGGGGCACACCACACUUGCCUUCACUGCUCCGCCCGGUCCCGGUCCCGGGCCCGGCCCCGGCCUCGGCCUCGGCCUCCGUAUUCACCGCCACCCCAGUUAAAAUACCAGUCACCCGCUCGCCUCGUUUCGUCCACCUCAAAGGGAAGUUAAAACCCCAAGAAACCUUAGUCGACGCUUCGUCUCCUGUUGGAGUCAGAGAGAGAAAGAGAGAGGAUGGAGAGGUGCGGGAGCUGGGAGUGCGACGCGGCAGCGCAGAAGGCGGUGCCGGCGCCGUUCCUGACUAAGACGUACCAGCUGGUGGACGACCCGGCCACGGACCACAUCGUCUCCUGGGGGGACGACCGGGUGUCCACGUUCGUCGUCUGGCGGCCGCCGGAGUUCGCGCGCGACAUCCUCCCCAACUACUUCAAGCACAACAACUUCUCCUCCUUCGUCCGCCAGCUCAACACCUACGGGUUCCGGAAGGUCGUGCCGGAGAGGUGGGAGUUCGCGAACGAGUUCUUCAGGAAGGGGGAGAAGCAGCUGCUCUGCGAGAUCCACCGGCGCAAGACGUCGGCGUCCACGGCGUCGGCGUCGCCUCCGCCGUUCUUUGCGCCGCCGCACUUCCCCCUGUUCCACCCCGGCCCACCGCACCACCAGUUCGUGGGGGAUGAUGGGCUAGUGGCGGCGCACGGCAUGGGCGUCGCGUUCCCGCAUCCGUAUUGGCGGGAGCCGCACGCCGCCGCGCCGGUGGCCACGAGGCUUCUGGCGCUUGGCGGUCCGGCGCCCCCGUCGCCGUCGCCUGCCACCGAGGGUGGCGGGGGCGCAGGGCGCGCGGCCACCGCCGCUGUGCUGAUGGAGGAGAACGAGCGGCUGCGGCGCAGCAACACGGCGCUGCUGCAGGAGCUGGCGCACAUGCGCAAGCUCUACAACGACAUCAUCUACUUCGUGCAGAACCACGUGCGCCCCGUGGCGCCCAGCCCGGCCGCGGCGGCGUUCCUUCAGGGCCUCGGCCUGCAGGCGCGUAAAAAGCCCACCAUGGCCGCCGGGUUCAACAACUCCGGCGGGAGCACCACGUCUAGCAGUUCGCUCACCAUCGCCGACGAGCCGUCCCCUCCGCCGCAGCAGCUCGAGAAGAGCGGCGGGGAGGCAGGCAUCUGCAGUGCCGCUCACUCUGCCGCCGCGCCCACCAUGCUCUUCGGCGUGCACCUAAGCGCCGCUCCGAGCGGCGCGAGCACUAAGAGGCCGCCUUCCCCGGAAGAUCAGACACCCACGUCGCCUGCAAGGAAGCCCCGCCUAGUGCUCGAGAGCACCGACCUAAGGCUGUCCGUCGCGCCGUCCGCCGCCUCGUCCCCAGCUAGCACUAGCUAGUCAGCUAGCUCACACACCUGGCACCCAAGCAUGCAUGCUGCUGCAUGCAACGGCGGGGCGACCGUUUUGUUGUUCUAGUUCGACGUGUUCCGUUUCCACCGGUAGAUCAGUUGUUUGUUGCUGUCUUUGCUAAUGCUUAGGGGUCUACUAAUUGCACUACUGUGCCAAGCAAGCACUCAGACCUAGUGCCAUGAUGCGUCGAGCUAAUCCAGGCCAAGUUUUUUUGUACAGAAGUAGU